GCUCUGCGCUCAGCCCCCCCGGCGCCCGCCGUCCUGCCCGCCGUGCCCGCCCGCUCGCCAAUGCGGGCCCGGAGCCCGGCCCGAGCCGCCCCCGGAGCCGCCCGCAGCCCCCCGGCCCGACCCCCCGCCCUGGACCCAUGCGGCGGCUCCGGGAGCGGUUCCGGAGGUUCAUGAACCACCCAGCUCCAGCCAACAGCCGCUACAAGCCCACAUGCUAUGAACAUGCUGCUAACUGUUACACACAUGCAUUCCUCAUUGUUCCUGCCAUCGUGGGCAGUGCCCUCCUGCACCGGCUCUCGGAUGACCGCUGGGAGAAGAUCACAGCGUGGAUGUACGGGGUGGGGCUCUGCGCCCUCUUCAUUGUCUCCACCGUGUUCCACAUCGUUUCCUGGAAAAAGAGUCACUUAAGGACAAUGGAGCAUUGCUUUCACAUGUGUGACAGAAUGAUGAUCUAUGUCUUCAUUGCAGCAUCCUAUGCACCAUGGUUAAAUCUCCGUGAGCUGGGACCUCUGGCAUCUCACAUGCGAUGGUUUAUCUGGCUGAUGGCUGCUGGAGGAACCCUUUAUGUAUUUCUCUACCAUGAAAAGUAUAAGAUCGUUGAACUCUUUUUCUAUUUAGCGAUGGGAUUUUCUCCUGCUCUGGUAGUGACAUCCAUGAGCAACACCGAGGGACUGCAGGAGGUGGCCUGGGGAGGUUUGAUCUAUUGCCUGGGUGUGGUGUUUUUCAAGAGUGAUGGGGUGAUCCCCUUUGCCCACGCCAUCUGGCACAUCUUUGUGGCCACAGCAGCUGCUGUCCAUUACUACGCCAUCUGGAAGUACCUGUACAGAAGUCCUGCAGACGUCAUUCGUCACUUAUGAGAUUAUGGAUUUCUCUAUAUCUAAUCUAUAGAUAUAUACAAAAAAAAAUAUAAUCUGCACUUGGCCUCUGUAACAGUAUUAUUUGACUUAAAGAAUUUGGGGGAAUUGGAAAAAAUUGCACAGCAAAACUGCACUGACUUUGGUAGUUCUGUGAAAACAAUUACUGUGAACAGAUGUUUGUGUCCUGCCAUUGCCCAUCACAUGGCAAGUGCUGUAAAUAACCAAGAUACUGUACUGCAGUAGCCAAGAGUCCAUUCCACAUUAGCAGAACUGGCUACCUGAUGUUUACAAACAAAUUUUGUAUGCUAGUUUAAUUUUACAAUUUUUAACUACGUGAAUUUUUCUAAAUGAGUGAUUCAAAUAGUGAAGUCAGUGCAAUAGUGAAAACGUAAUGCUCUUGACCUGAAAGUGGUUUCUAUCACCUUUCCACGAGUCAUUUCUUAAACAUGAAUCAGAGACAGCUAAUCUACUUUUACCACCCAUUACCGUGGUAUAAUGUGACUUUUAUAGAAACUUUUUUGUGUUUUUUGUAAACUUUAAAAGAACAUUUAUUGAACUGAAGACACACAACUGUCAUCUAUGCAGUUACUCAUGUUGCAAACUCUUGCAAGAAAUGGUUACAUUCCACACCCUGUCCUGAGGAGUGAACAUUGUACCUCUUCCAAAGGUUGUGUUGCAGCUGCAAUUGUAAUAACCACUUUUGCAAACUAAAACCUAAAUGUGAUUCUGCUGAGUUCUAACAUGGCAGCAUUCUGCUUAUUUACCACUGAACCAGCCCUUAAGUUGGCUUUUUUUCCAUGAUGAAGAGCUGUGAAAGGAAUAGCUGAGGUGAUUUUCUCCUCCAGGUUCCCAGCUGUACCUGUGCUGCCCAGGGUGGGGAAUAUCCCUGUCCCAAGCAGGGUCCCUCGUUUCCCCAGCCCACCUACACACACAUGGCAUGGAGGCUCAGAUUUCCAGGGGGACUUGAACUGACUGCUCCCACCAGCUUUUGGUGGGGUGUUUCUGCUGGGAAAUCCAGGUGGGAGCAGCAGCAGAGCAUUGCUGAGCACCUGGAGCUCAGAGUUCUUCACAAGCACAGCCUGGCAGGGAGCAGGGCUUGGAGAACUUGAUGGAGUGUCACUUGUCAUCCUGGGACUUGGCACAGAGUCCAACUGGUCUUUGUUACUGUACAGGAAAUCCAGCUGUGGUAGCAAGUCAUGAUUGUAGAACACGUGCUCUAUGACCAGUGUAGAAGAGUCACUGUAAUUCUGUUUAUCCCAUAAUUGUAUCCUGUCCCACUAUGUAAUGAAUGUCUUAUAUUAAGAUUGACUUUAUCCUUUUUCUAAUUUACUCAGUUUUUCAUGUCAGUAUUUAAAAACAAAACCAAAAUGUGUUGCCUUUUUCAGAUUUUGUUCUGGAUAUUGCCUGUCUGCAAACAAUAAAUAGCAAGACAGGGAUGUUUUAAAGGUCCCGUUUCACUCAGUUUUGCCAGAGGGUCGCAAGUUUUAGAAUAUUUGCAUUUGUUUAGGGAAUUUACCAGAGGGACAAACUUUAAAUUCAAGGCAUGGAAGAAUUGCUGUGUGGUGGGAGUAGGUGAUCAGAGAAGUGGCAGCACCACAGCAAACUCAUGAACUGCCCUAAAAGAGAGCAAAGGGAACAGCUGGGCAGGUGAUUCUGCUACAAGUCUUGCACAUCUGGAUGCCUCAGUUUUUUAACAUUGUGUCUAUUUUAAUAUUUUCCAAUUUUUGUGAGUCCAUAUAUUUUGUUGAAAUGCAAUACUGCUAAAACCACUAAAAUACAUGUAAGGGUUUUCUGUAGUCAAAAGUUAAACUAUUGCUUGAAUACGUUUGUUCUAAUUUUAAGUUAAUUUUUCAUGGCAUUUGCUUUUUGGAGUGUUUGAAAUGGUUUUUAAAAAGUUUCAAUUCGCCAAAAAUAUUUUGCAUUUCUGUAUUCUAGUCAAUAUGAUAUUGAAUGUACUAGACUAACAAUAAACAUUUGGUGCAAUUUGGAAA